GCCCAGCCCAGCACAUGCGACACACCUCGAAUCGUCGAUUCCCCUAAAAAAAAAACCUCGAAUCGUCGACGGGCACACAGCUCAGGCCACGCGACAGCGCCGUCGCCGUCAUCAUCGCCCAGUAGCUCCGAGGUCGGGCCACGCGUACGCUGCCGCCCGCCGCGGGGCUUCGGGCUUGCCACGCUCUCGCUGAACGACCUAUUUUGUCAUCUUGUUUUGCAAUUGUGGAUGUUUUCGAUAAGAUUUGCCUCCUUCCUCUCUAAGCGUUAUGUUUCUACCUGUCGGACCUCGUCUUUAUCUCCAUCUCCACCGUGCUCUGCAAUACAACCAUGGCUCUUUGUUGGUCUCGGUAACCCCGGUGAGAAGUACCAAUCGACCAGGCACAAUGUUGGGUUUGCUAUGAUAGAUGCAUUUGCACAGUCUCAGGGUAUAUCCCUGACCACACAUCACUUCAAAGCACUAUUUGGUGAAGGGAUGGUCGAUGGUGUCCCUGUUCUGCUUGCCAAGCCUCAAACAUAUAUAAAUCUCAGCGGUGAAUCUGCUGGGGCACUUGCCGCCUAUUAUAAAUUGCCACUUAACCGUGUCCUAGUGGCAUAUGAUGACACAGAUCUGCCAUGUGGAGUUCUCCGCUUGCAACCUAAAGGAGGAUAUGGACGCCAUAAUGGGCUGAAGAGUGUGAUCUACCAUUUUCGCAAGAACCGAGAAUUUGGUCGAUUAAGGAUCGGAAUUGGACGGCCACCUGGUCAGAUGGAUCCUAGAGCUUUUGUUCUCCAGAAGUUCAAUAAGACUGGUCGUGAACGGAUUGAUUCAGCAAUGAAAGAGGGUGCUGACAUUCUGAAGAUGGUAGUCAUCAGAGGUGUGACAGAGGCGGGAAGAUUGUCAAAUGCGGAUCAGAAGUAUAAGCAUCUGAUAUCAGAUGACAAAGAGUCAUAAUCCGACUAUAAACUGCUUGUCCCUGGAAAUGCUCACGCGGUAAGUGUACCUGGUAGAUAUAUGGUGUGCUCUUCCAGUAUUACCUAUUCAACAUCUGACAGGAGGAUCUAGUACCAUCCAGUCCAUGAAGUAUAGUGCAAAGGAAUAUGUUGUCAAAAUUCCUCUGAAUAAUUGUGUAAAUGAAUUAUAGGGAAAAUUCCUAUGAAUUUAAACAACUAAUAUAGAAAAAUUCCUAAGAAUAACCGACCUCUAAUUACUUUUCAAAAAUCUUCUGAAUCGAAGAGGUCUUCACUAUA